AUGUUUACUCAUGAAAAUAUAUUUGUUAAUGAUAUCAAAACAAAUUUAAGUAAAAAUACGGUUCAUCUACAAUUUAACAAUCAUCAAAAAUCAAAUUCAGAUAAUGAUGAAGAUUGUUCAUGUAAUAGUUGUGAAUGUUCAACUUGUAUUGAUGAAGAUAAUUAUGAUGAAAACAUCAUAGUAGAUAAUAAUACUGUAUCUAUUAAUUCACAUCAAUCAAUAAAUAUAUCAACAAGGGAACAAAUUGACAAAACGUCUUGUCAAACAUCGAAUAUCUCACAUAUAAAUGAUUCACAUAACUGUUUAAAUAAAUAUAAUCGUUUAUCGAUUAACUCGAAUCGUCCAUCGAUCAAUCCGAUAAAAGAAUCAAAUAUGAAAAGUAUAACAUCGGAAAUAAAAGAUAUCAUUAGUACUCCCGUUGAAUUCGUAUCAACAAAACGAAUAAAUGAACAAAUGAUUGAACAUCAAUCUUCAACAGAUCAACAAAAAUCAGAACAUUUCCAAUUGAUUGAAAAUUACGAAAUGGAUGAACAAAAAUUAUCUAAAAUCGAUUUCGAACAUAUUUAUAAUAUUAUUGAUCAAUCAUACACAAAAAUACCUAUUUUAUAUAAUUCAAUAAAACAAACAAAAUUAGAUAUAGAUUUUAUUUUAUCAGUCAAUGAUUAUUUAGAUCGAUUAAAAUCAAAUAUAUAUAAAGAUCUUAUUCGACGUGAAACAUUAUUACGGAAUGGAAAAAAUCAUACAAAAAAAUUAAUUUCACUUAUUCGUUAUAUAUGUAAAAUAUCUUAUGAGCAAGCACUUGAAAUUGCAAAUGAUUCAAUGACAUCAAAACGUGCGAUAGUUUAUACAAUGGCAGCUAUUGAUUAUAUUCUUCAAGGCAAUUUUCUACAAAAAAAACCAUUAUUUAAUUAUAUUCUUAAUGAAUAUAUAUCCAUGUGGUUACAUGAAAAUCUUCGAAUAAUUCAAGAAGAUUUUAGUAUUAUUGUAGAAAAUGGAACAAAAAAUAAUUUCUUUUUACUUUGUAUUUGUCUUUUUCAUAAAUUAGAAUCCAUAUGUGCAAUUAAUUGGGAACGUUUACAAAUGAUACAAAAUUACCGAUUAACACAUUUUAAUCAAUUAAUGAAACCAACAAGUAUUAAAUUAGAAACAAAUAAAAAUUUUCUUUUACUCUUUGGUAAACCGUUAAUAUCAACAAUGAUAAAAUCUCAAAUACCUAUAACAUCAUUAUAUUCUAAUCGAACAGAUAAUGAAAUAAACAAUAUUAAUGAAAUACAACAGAUAUUUAAAAAUUCAAUUGCAAAAAUUCUUCUUGAACAAUCUGAUGUCUCAAAAAAUAAUCUUACUGUCGAAAAUGAUAAAUUAACAUCAUGUCAAUCACAUUCACAACAAAUUAUAACGCCAACUAUAGAAACAACAUCAUCGAUAUCAACAAAAUUAAUCAAUGUAGAUCUUAAUUCAAAAAAUAAAGAAUUAUCUCAAUCGUUGUCUAUACUUGAUGAAAAGCAAUCUAUGAUCGAAAAAUAUGAACAAGAUCAAAUAAAAUCUUCAUUGUCUAUGCCUGAUCAACAAAAUAAUCCGAAAUUGAAUAUUAUUUCGGACACCUACACACAAUUUGUUGAACCUGUAUUAUUACCACGUUAUCUAUCAUCAACAUCUUCAUCGACAAAACCAUUUCUAUUAUCUUCACUAUCGGAUAAAUUUGAAGAACAAAAAAGUUCUUUGCCUUCUGAAUCAAAACUAGUCCAUCUAGAACAUCACCAACUAUCAGUAUUAAUGGAAUCUAUGUCUAAGCAAAAUCCAUCAUCUACAUCAACUUCCAUUCAUGUUGAUCAAUCUUUUUCUCCAAUUAAUAGUUCAUUAUCUUAUUCACAACCUUCAGAAAAUAUUAUAAAUAAUAUAUCUACAGUAGUAAAAAGUACUGAACAGAUAAAUAGUUCCAAUGAACCAAUAUUUACAUAUAAAUCAAUCAAUCAAAUCUCUGAAUCAUUCUCGAAUAUAUCAACUCCAUCAAUGUUCAUUAAAACUGAACCUCAAAAUAAUGCACAAAAAAUUCCAGAUAUAAAUGAUAUAAUGCAACAAUCAAAGUCUCAAAAUGAUGAUUAUUUAAUACAAGAACCAAUAUCUUUAACUUUUUCUUCACCUAAAAAACCAUUUACAAAUGAUCAUAUCUCAUCUUCAUUAGAUCAAACUCUUUCUAAUAAAAGUAUAACAAUAAAUUCAAAAGCAAUAUUAGAUCGAGAAGUUAAUGAAUUAAUUCACUUCUUACAAGAACUCGCUUAUUCUUCAUUAUCAAUUCAACAAGAAAACAAAACAUCACCAUCAUUAAAAUUACUCGAAUCUUGUUUAAAACAAAGUACUACUGAUCCAAAAUUAAUCAUUGAACAAAUACAAAAUACUCAUCCACAGUUAUCUCUUAGUGCAAAAGAUCCAUUAUUUCUUGCUGCAUUUACACGUGUUCUACGUAAAGAACUUCGAGAUGCAGAAAUUCUAAGAAAAAUAGAUUUUGAACAAUUAAAUGAAGAUUCACAAAAUAUUGGGCAUUUAUCAUUUGAAACAAAGAAUAUACUCAAAUUACCGAAUAUUGAUAAAUCUCUAAAAAAUAAAAAUAUUCCUGCUGGAGAUAAUAUUGAUCAAAGUCGUAUUUCUAUUGAAGUUACACAUGAUCCAUCAAGAUGUAGAACAAAUUCUGAAUUUUCUGAUUAUCAAUAUCAACCAUGUACACAACAAGAACAACAUCAACAAUUCAAUCAUUAUAGUCUAUUCGAAUCGAUGAAUACUAAAUCGAGAAAUACAAUAUUGUCUUCAACUGAAUCUAAUAAUAAACAAUUAUUAACAUCAUUAGAAUCGAAGCAUCCACCACAACGAUGGUAUUGGACCUAUUCAAAUAAAUUUUCCUCAUGUAAAAAUUGUAUUGUAACAUCUAAUUCAUUAUAUUGUGAACGAAAUUCACUCAAUAAAAGCACUUAUUCAAUUACUGUUGAACAUAGUGAUGAAUUUCAAUAA